AUGGACCGGGGGGGUGAUCCCGGUCCUCACCCUCGAGCCCCGACCACCACAAUGCACACAAGGUGCCGCAGCAAAGGUGCCCCGACCCGCAAUGGAAACAGUGCAACCAAGAUGGCGGAGGCCACAUGUGCGGGCGCUGAAACCAGAAACCACUUACUUACCUGCAAUGGCAGCAAACAAGACAGAUGGAAGGCACCAGCAGCACAGACCACUACUGCAGCCAUCCACCCGCAGGCAUCCUCACAUUUAAAUGAGCCACACAGCCUGGAUAAGACCGCGACAGGCAGUGAAGAGGGCAAACACAAGCCACACAGAACAGACCACAGGAUCCUGAGCCGCAACUUGUCAUUACCCUGA